CCUCCGAGGCUGUCAGCUGGGGCCCGGGGCGCCCGGGCGGCGGUGGUCGCGGCCAUUGGCGGAGAGGCGGGAGGGGCGGGGCCCCCGCGAGCCGCUGUGGGCAAAGCCAGGCGCGCGGAGGCAGGCAGGCUGCCGGCUGGGGAGGCACGGCUCGGGCUGGUGCGUUCCAUCCUGGCCAUGGCAGCGGCGCCGCUGAAAGUGUGCAUCGUGGGCUCGGGGAACUGGGGUUCAGCUGUGGCAAAAAUAAUUGGUAAUAAUGUCAAGAAACUUAAGAAGUUUGCCUCCACUGUUAAGAUGUGGGUCUUUGAAGAAACAGUUAACGGGAGAAAACUGACAGACAUCAUAAAUAAUGACCAUGAAAAUGUAAAAUAUCUCCCUGGACACAAGCUGCCAGAAAAUGUGGUCGCUGUCCCAAACCUCAGCGAGGCGGUACAGGACGCAGACCUGCUAGUGUUUGUCAUUCCCCACCAGUUCAUUCACAGAAUCUGUGACGAGAUCACCGGGAGAGUACCCAAGGAAGCACUGGGCAUCACCCUCAUCAAGGGCAUAGAUGAGGGUCCUGAGGGGCUGAAGCUCAUUUCCGACAUCAUCCGGGAGAAGAUGGGCAUUGAUGUCAGCGUGCUCAUGGGAGCCAACAUUGCCAGUGAGGUGGCUUCAGAGAAGUUUUGUGAGACCACCAUCGGCAGCAAAAUAAUGGAGAAUGGCCUUCUCUUCAAAGAACUCCUGCAGACUCCAAAUUUUCGAAUUACUGUGGUAGACGACGCAGACACUGUCGAACUCUGUGGUGCUCUUAAGAAUAUUGUAGCGGUGGGAGCCGGGUUCUGUGACGGCCUCCACAGCGGGGACAACACCAAAGCUGCCGUCAUCCGCCUGGGGCUCAUGGAAAUGAUCGCCUUCGCCAGGAUCUUCUGCAAGGGCCAGGUGUCCACGGCCACCUUCCUCGAGAGCUGUGGCGUGGCUGACCUCAUCACCACCUGCUACGGAGGCCGGAACCGCAGGGUGGCUGAGGCGUUUGCCAAAACCGGGAAGACCAUCGAAGAAUUGGAGAAGGAGAUGCUGAACGGACAGAAGCUCCAAGGACCGCAGACGUCAGCUGAAGUAUACCGGAUCCUGAAACAGAAGGGGCUGGUCGACAAGUUCCCGUUGUUUACGGCAGUGUAUCAGAUCUGCUAUGAAGGCAAACCCGUUCAAGAGAUGUUGUCCUGUCUCCAGAGCCACCCAGAGCACGUCUAAAGUGGAUGGUGCAGCGUCGUGGGGAACGUGUUGCCUUUCUGAUCAGUCUUUUUUGUUCAGAUGGAAACUGAGACCGGGCAACACGAUGUUUGCUUGACCAUAAUCCCGUGGGUGAGGAUGAAUUUUUACCAGUUCAUUUUUGAAUUGCAAGACGCAGUUCACUGGCUGAGAUGUGGUAGGCAACAAAUAGACACAUGUAUGAAUGUGUGAGUCUAUGUUCAUUUCUCAUGCUGUGGAUAUUUCUAUGAACCAAAAUUAAAGGUCCUUUUUAAAAAA